GAAUUUGCGGAGCAUGUGUUUGUGGAUUUUUCGCAAACCAAACAGUGUUUGUCGGCGGAUGCGAGGAAAAGAAGUCGGCACGCAGGUAGCUUGUCAUCAAGCCAGAAUCUCAAUCACGAAAGGACACCAAGGACGCCCUCACAUGAUUCCCGACACGGGUUUCAGAGAUCUGGGUCAUCUUCUUUUCCAAAGCAGCAUGACGAAUCACCUCCCAUCAGAAAUAGAAGAAACGACGACUUCUAUUCCAACAUUCUCUGUGACCAACGGGAGUACAGUUUCGGAUUUUUGGUCCAGGCGGAAGCCGGAGGUCACUUUUUCGAUGUGGGAAAGGAUUGGAAGGAUUUUCAGAGACUUCGGAAUGGAACCGAGUCUGUAGUUACUGCUGAAAGUGUUGGUGCAGCUGCUUCCUCUUCAAACCUUCAACUUCACCGAGGGAAGGAGCUGGAUAAGGACAGUCUGUCUAGGCUACGAGAUGGUCCUCGUGGUGGUAGUACUGGGUCAUCAACAUCCUCGACCAAAUCUUCUUCCUCGUCCGCCCCCUCAAGAACAUCUACUUCACUUGCGCACGAGCCUGACAGCACUUCCAAUACAAAAACGAAAACCACCACCAGCUACAGCAAUUUGGAGCAGUUCGCCCGCAGCGCCAGGGACAACUUUUGGUAUCGACAGUCACCGUUACCCAAAGGGACACAGCAGGUGUUCAGGGAUUUCUUUCAGCUUGAAAAGUUGCCGUUUGAUUUGGACAAGUUCAUCGUGGCCAGUAACGGCACAGGCACUUCCGCUGCAACACAGACGAAGGCAAAGCAGAGUGCGAAACUCGUACCUGCAAAAGGGAAACAAGCCGGACUACAAGCAUCAAUACCAAAACCCCCACCACUCCACCCGAUCACCGCCGCCUUGCGGAAAACGGGUUUUCAACUAA